AUGGAUAUUGUGUUAAGAGGUGAAAAUGGCUUUCAAAUUUAUGGUUAUGAUGUUAUGAACCCUCCUUUGACAUCCACAGACACAGAUCAAUUCUUAUGUGGCCACUUCCUUCAUCAUCAACAACAGACAAAGAACAAUGAUGUUUGUGCUUUUUCUGAGUGGACAAACAUCAACCAAAACCUUAAACUGUGUCUGGAUGAUAUGCAAGUUUCAUGUAAGAACACGAAAGUGGUGGGAAGGAGAAGGAAGAAACAAUCUUCUGUGUCUUGGAUCAAAGGACAGUGGAAUAAGGAAGAGGACAGGAAACUGAUAAGGUUGGUGAAACAACAUGGUGAUAAAAAGUGGGCUGAAAUAGCUGAGAAGUUGGAAGGAAGAGUUGGCAAACAAUGUCGAGAAAGAUGGAACAAUCAUUUGCGUCCUGAUAUUAAGAAAGAUAGCUGGAGCGAAGAAGAAGAAAGAAUACUGGUAGACAUGCAUGCUCGGCUUGGAAAUCGUUGGUGCGAGAUGGCAAAAUGUCUUCCAGGAAGAUCAGAGAAUGCCAUAAAGAACCACUGGAAUGCGACCAAAAGGAGACAGAAUUCAAAGAGAAAGCACAAGAAAACAAAGACCUCUAAUGGAAAACCUCAUUCUUCCAUACUCGAAGACUACAUCAGAAGCAAGACCAUCAUCACCACAAAUUCUGCACCCUCACAGGAUAACAAUGCACCUAACCCUUUCAACCAUCUCUUCUAUCAACCUUUUCCUUUUCCUAACCAACCACAACCACUCUUCAUGCACUCUAAUUUGGAUCACUGGAACAUCAUCAAUGUUGAUCAUGUUGAUCAGACUCUGCAAUACCCAGAUAAUAUGCACUUCAAUGAUACUUUCUUUCCCCCAGCUAAUUACCUUCCUUCGGAUUUUUAUGUCUCUCCCUUGUUCAACGUAGCAUCUGGGUAUGGAAAUCAAGUAAAAGGAGAGGAGAUCUGGUAG